AUGCAGAAUACCCACAUCGAGAGAGCUUACAGAAGCAGAAACGCUCCCUGCCGCCAAUAUUCGGGGUGGGAGCGCUGUAGUGCAAAUGGAAAAAGAGCAAUGAUUUGGACAAGGUUGAAAAGACGCAUGUUGGGCGAAUUUGUCCUGCAUUGGAUAUCGGACACAACUACGUCUUCCAAAUUACGAAAAUGGCGUAACUGGGCCAAGCCUUGGCGUCUUGCCCGCGUAGCUGCGCGCCCGACACAAGGGGACAGCUCAUGCUCCUCGAGUGAACAGCUGUCACAUACUCACAUUCAACAUCUCAUUCCUCCCAUGCACCUGCUGCGUCGUGAGCAAAGAGAAAACCCCGGUCGUCUGCUCAGCCAUUGA